AUGACAAUUUUCUGUUGGUCUUUCGUUAUAAUGAAGAUGUCAAAUUUAGAACAAGAAAAGAUAAGAAGUGUGUCAUCAACAAAACAAUUAACAAUUGCAACACAUUUUCAAAAUAUGAAUGUGUUAAGUAAACAUUGCAAAUGCACAAAUGUGGUGAAUUGUGUACAAAUUGUACGAUAUUAUACAAUAUGGUUUGAUAUCAAACGUUCCAAUGUGUCAAAUAAAAUUGAAUUGCAAAUUUUAAGUCUAAACAAAAGGAGUGUAGUGAAUGGACUGCAAGCAACAAAGUUAAACCAAAUGGUGAUGAGUGUGUAUACAAGACAACUGAACAAUGUUAAAUAUACUAUUAUUCAUUUUUUGAUAUGUUAA